UAAGACAUUAGCGAGCUAAUAAAGAUAAAAGAAUAACAUAUAAAACGCGAAGCGAUCUGCAAAUCUGCAUCAGUAUCCUUGUACCUGGAGAGUCAAGUGCUAGUGUUCACCGCCCUUUAAAAAUGAAGUUCUUUGUAGCUUUGAGUGCCUUGUUGGCUGUAGCCAGCGCAGUUCCCAUCUACGAUGUCAUGCCUGUGCACAGAACUGGCAUCCUGGGAGGAUAUGGAGAUAUCAUGGAUGUCUACAAGACCAUGAAAUACAUGGGUGGUGACAUGAUGGGCAUGACUGGAAUGUUCGACCCCAUGCACAUGCUGUGGACAGGUAUCGGAGGCAUGGACAAACUGGGUAUGGGCAUGUACGGACCUUACCGCCACUACGGACUUAUGGGUAUGGGCAUGGGCAUGAAAGACUGGGACUUCACCGGGAUCUAUCCUCGUAUGUACGACUAUGGUAUGUUCGGCAAGGACAUCGUUGAUGACGUGUACAUGAGGGAAAUGAUGAAGGAGAUGAUGAUGGACAAGAUGCUCUUCAAACACGGAAUGACUACUUUUGACAAAAUGAUGUGCUACCAGCGAUUUGGCAUUGAAAGGUGCAACAUCAUGAUGAUGCACAUGAUGCACAAAAUGAUGCCCUACAAGAUGAUGUACUAAACAUAAAGGGGAGAAAAAAGUCUAUUUUGCUAUGUGGUAGCUAAGUUUGUUUAUAAGUUUACAAUAAACACUGUUUAGCUUAAAGAUCGAAUUUUAUUUUAU